AUGAAGUGAACAUAUAAGACGUAUUCUUCCUCCAUUGGUCAAUUUUUGUUUUGGCUUUUUUACAGCACAAAACACAACAAAAACACAAACUCUCUCUUUCAUUCUCUUUCUCUCUCCUCCGUUGCCAAUCCAAUUAUAGCUGAUUCAACCUCCAUUAAAGCCAAUUUGGAGGAUAGGAAGUUCCUUAAUGGGUGAUGGACCAAGAACUAUAGAGAUCAUACCAAAUUAUUUUGAGACUUCAGCUUCUGCAGAUUCUCCUCUACCCAGAAGUUCAGAUACCUCAAUUUCUGGUGAAGACUCUCCUCGUACAUCAACAUCGGGCACAACAUCUCAUCUAGAAAGAAACUCAUCUUCUUCAAAAGCAAGUACUGGCAGUACCAGGUUCGUUCACAAUCGUUCAUUGACUAGGAACAAUUUUAGAACUGCUUCAUUCAUGUUGAGGUUAUUUAGUUUGAAAGGGCUACGCAAGAUAACUGGUCUUAAUGGUGAAGAAAAGGUUGAGCUGAGUGCUGUAGAACUAGAAUCCCUUCGAUCAGAACUUGCCGAUGUAGAAGAGAGGGAGGCUCAUUUCAAAGCACAGUUGGAGCAUCUGGAUGAAAUUUUGCGAUGGGCACGACUAACAGGAUACUUGUAUAUGAGAACACGAUGGGCGGCACUGCCAGGUGAACUACCUCCUAUUGAUGAUUGUGAUGUUGAUGACUGGGUUCCACGAUUUACAGUCCUGCAAGGAUCCUGUAUUUUCUUCUACCUGUCAUCUACAGAUUUGAGUCCUCAAGAUUCAGCUCUUCUUUCCGAUAUUGUUGAAGUGGGCUCAUUGCCAUGCAUAGUUCGAGAAAAUGAGGAAAUAUGGCAUUGCUUUUAUAUUGUGACGCGUUAUGGACUCAGGAUUGAAUGUUCCAGUGGUUCUGAAAUACAGGUUGAUUCUUGGUUGAGAGCGUUACGAACAGAGUGCAAGUCUGAUCCUGAUAAAAGAUCUGCUACUAGGGUUGCUCGUUCUCUUCUCUCCACUUCCAAGAACGCAUCCCGCUUCCUUCCUGAAGGACGCACAGUAGCUGCUACAGCUGCAGUUUCUCUGAGAGGAAAAGCACCUUACUUGGCUUCUUUUGGAGGAGCGAAUGCAACCGGAACAUGGUUGUCCGCUGCAUUGGCCAUCCCCGCAGCAGUUUACAUGCUUCAGGACCAGGAGGCCCAUGCUGCAGAGAUGGAGCGUAGUUUCAUUGCUAUCAAACCGGAUGGAGUUCAGAGAGGGCUGAUCUCCGAAAUUAUAGCACGUUUUGAACGGAAGGGUUUCAAGCUUGUUGCAAUCAAAGUAGUGGUCCCAUCAAAGGAAUUUGCCCAAAAGCAUUAUCAUGACCUGAAGGAGAGACCUUUCUUCAAUGGCCUCUGUGAUUUUCUAAGCUCUGGUCCAGUUGUUGCUAUGGUUUGGGAAGGUGAAGGUGUGAUUAGAUAUGGCAGAAAACUCAUUGGAGCCACUGACCCACAGAAAUCAGAACCAGGAACCAUCAGAGGUGAUCUUGCCGUUGUUGUUGGAAGAAAUAUUAUCCACGGAAGUGACGGCCCAGAGACUGCAAAGGAUGAAAUUAACUUAUGGUUCAAGCCAGAAGAAUUGGUCAAUUACACAAACAAUGCUGAGAAAUGGCUCUAUGGAGACAACUGAAGAAAUCGUAGGGCAUUGAUAUUUCAAUUUCCCCCCAUUUUCCAUAUUGGAGCUUUUACUUAGGUCCCAUAAAUUGGGGAAGUAACAUAGUUUUACAACAAUAAAUUAAAAAUUUCUUGCGCAGGUGCCUGAGUUCACAACAUUGCUUACCAAGGGAAUAGAUUUCUGCAAUAAUGUAGUUUGGCUCCUUAUUUUUGUUCAACUAACUAAGAAUUUUAAAUUGGAAUGUUGAUGAAAGUGAGCCAAGGAUACAUAGCCAUUGUAUAAUUGGUAUUUAUGUACUAAAAUACUUAAAAUA